AUGCACAGCCUAGCGCUGGCAUAUAAACAUAGGCGAACGCGUGCACUGAGAACAAACACACACCCGUCUGCACGCACGCGUUCAUAUUGUUAUGACAGUCUUCAGCGGGUGAGUCCCAUGAAAAAGCGGACGAGGAGGCUGGGCUACAUAUUUAUUGAUGCAAAUCUUUCUCUCAUUUUUUUCUCUCUCUCUCGUUCUCUCUCUCUUUCUUUCUUACUCUUUUUCCCUCUCUCUUUCUCUCAUGUUCGCUCCCUCUCUUUCUUUCUCCAUCUUUCUUUCUUCCUCUCUCGUUCUCUCUCUCUUUCUUUCUUAGUCUUUCUCCCUCUCUCUUUCUCUCAUGUUCUCUCCCUCUCUUUCUUUCUCCAUCUUUCUUUCUUUCUUUCUUCCUCUUUCUUUCUUACUCUUUCUCCCUCUCCCUUUCUCUCAUGUUUCUCCAUCUUUCUUUCUUCCUCUCCCUUUCUCUCUCUUUCUUUCUUACUCUUUCUCCCUCUCUCUUUCUCUCAUGUUCUCUCCCUCUCUUUCUUUCUCCAUCUUUCUUUCUUUCUUCCUCUCUCUUUCUUUCUUACUCUUUCUCCCUCUCUCUUUCUCUCAUGUUCUCACCCUCUCUUUCUUUCUCCAUCUUUCUUUCUCUCUCUUUCUUUCUUACUCUUUCUCCCUCUCUCUUUCUCUCAUGUUCUCUCCCUCUCUUUCUCUCUAUCUCUUUCUCGCUCUCACUUUCUCUCGCUCUCUUUCCUCCCCCAUCUAUCUUUCUUUGUUUCUCUUUUCCUCACUCUUCCUCACUUUCUCUUUUUCUCCCUCUUUAUUUCUCCCUCUCUUUUUUCUCUUUGUCUCUCUCACUCCCUCUCUUUUCCUCUUUCAGCCCUCUCUCUUUCUCCCCCUCUGUUUCUCUCUUUCUCCCUAUCUUUUUCUCCCUCUCUUUCUCUCUCACAGACCAGUCAAGAACGUAUAUUCAAAAUUGUAUAUUUACUUACUAUUCUCUCUCUCUCCCCAACUCACUCUUCCCCCCUCUCUCUCUUUCUCCUCCUCUUCCCCUCUCUCUCUCCCUCUCUCUCUCCCCCCAUCUCUCUCACUCACUCUCCCCCUUUCUCUCUCACUCACUCUUUCGCUUUGUUAUAA